AUGACUACAGUAUAUGCCUGCAAAGGAUUCCAAAAGGUUCCUGUGAAAAUGGCGCCUUCUGCGCCGCUACAAGAGGUUGUUCUUGCCUCUUACCAAAAGUUAGGAUUUUCAGAUUGGAAUCGCCUGGAACUACUGCAUAAUGAUAAAAAACUGGAUCCUUCACUUCAAAUGCGACAUUCUGGACUUUUGCAAGGGUCAAAGUUAACAGUGAAGGAGACACAAAAACCAUUGAACGCGUCACAUGGAUCCUCUACAGCAGCGGGCAGACAACUCAAAGUUGCUCUUCAAAUGCCUGGAUUUCCGAGAGUUGUGGAUCAAAUAUCGUCACAGGAUACUUUGUUCCAUCUGUUGGAUCGACAUUCUUUCCUUUCAAAUAUAGACCACGUCCUAAUCAAUGGGCGAGCUUAUGGUGCAAACGAGUUCUCGCAACCAUUGUCAUUCUUUGGCUUGCAUGAAGGUAGUGUUCUAAUUCGUCUAAUCCCCAAGUCAAACAAACCUGCUGUAGACACUAAAAAUCACGACACAAUGUUAACAACAUCGCCCAGUCCUAAGGUAGAUACCAAGCCAUCAGUUUCACCUGAAAACACCGAUUCUCCGCAAAGUUUGGAACAUGUUCAAGAUAUUCCCGAUGUAGCUGAUUCAGCACCAGAUAUUCCUCUAGAUACAGAAACCUACGAAGCUAAACCUUCCAAUGUUGUCUCAUCACCUAAUUACGAACCCUCGAAUUUGGGAAAUGAGGAAACUGUGCCUGAAACUCAAAUGGAGGCAAGUGCACCUGCUACUGAUAUUCAAAGUUCAAGUCUGCAGAUGCCGUCACAAACAGCUGAUGUUAAAAAAUCAAAACAGUUCAAUAACAAAAAUAUUCUGGGAUCUAUGAUGAGUAAACUGAAAACAGGAAAGCAAAAGGAAAAGGAGCAGAACGGAUAUGAUUUGGAGCCCAGUAAAAGCCAGUUGGAACUUUACCAAAGUAUUCUUCGUAAAAGAGCGAGUCAACCUUCUCGGACCAUUAGCUCAAAUAUCCCAAAAUCUCCCCCUUCCACGGCGACUGUAAAAUUUGACUUUGGUGAUGGCAAGCCCCUUUUCCAUGAAUUUUCUAAGGAAGAGAAGAUUCAUGACCUUCAUGAUUUUGUCGCAUCUCACUUGCCUAAUGGAUUCCCUAGUUCAUUUUCACUCACAUUUAGUAACUACGAGCCUUUGCCUACUUCCGGACGUGUCGUCGAAUACAUAGGACGUGCAAUCGUCCGUGUUCAUCCAAAAUGA